AUGACCUAUGAAAAUUUAGCCGAUAUCUUCAACAUCUCUAGGACAAUGUUCAUGUACCCAUGGCUGGAAUAUCCACACAGGACAAAAGAAUUCAGAAAAGCCAUGGCUCCUGUUCACCUGCCCUUGUCCUGCUACCAGAUACCAAAGGAAGAGUUUCCUCCAAGUCCGGAGUGUUGGAGGCAGCACCCAAGCAAGCCAAACUCGGUCCCUUACUGCUACUCCAAGAAGCCUGAGAUCUACACACACUGGCACACCCUGUAUAAUCAGCGAGAGGAACGAGAGGCCCAGAAGAUGUUGCGGAAAAUGCAAGAUCACCCCAAGUACCUCAAAGAGGGGACCCACACCCCAAAAUUCCAUCUACCCAUGAGCAAGUUGAUUACAAAAUCUCAGGUGGGAUCCAGGCCCUUAGAGCCUACCAGAGACUCCCUGAAGUGGCAAAGGUUAAAGGAACUCACAGAAAGCCUGAAAUCUCCUAGAGAGGAUGAGCAGUUCUAUGCAGCACAGGCUCUGGGGUGCUUGGGCAUCAGUGACAAGUUUAUCAUGGAGGCACUACGGCAGGUGGCCCAAAACGGUCCAGAGAAAGUGAAGUAUGAGGCCUAUCGAACCCUGGCCCUCCUGGGUUGCCUGAAUAAGCAUGUGAUCCGGGCUCUCAUCAAACAGCUGAAGGGGCAAAACGAGGGUCAAAGGAUGGAGGCAUUGACGGGGCUACGUACGGCUCUGAACUCUUGGGCUGCUGUCCCUAAAGACAAGAGGACUCAAGUUGGAGAUGAAGGGAAGUUGGUGUCUGUACUACAGACACUGAUAAAGAAGUCAUCGGAUGAAGCAUCUGUGGAAGCAGCCCUGUGCUUGGGUUUCCUGAGGCCUUGCAGCAACAUGGCCCAAGAGUUCCUGUUGCAGUGCCUAUGCCAAGGGCUCAAGACCCAGCGGAUGAAGGCACUUAGGAUGCUGGUCAAGAUGAUGCAUGUGCACUCAGCUACAGUCAUCAGAGCCAUCCUAGACCAGCUGUGUUCCUCCAGUGUUCUUGCGGACCGCUUUGAAGCCACCCAGAUGCUCAGGAGCAUUGGGCUGGAACAGAUCCAGGUACAAGGGCUAGAGGAACUCACAUUUGACCUGCUCAGGAGGCAGACACAUAAAGAGCCCUUUUUCGCUAUGAGGCAGGCUGUGGCUGAAACUGUGGAAGAGCUCAAGAUGAAGCCUAUAAUGAUGAACCUGGUAGAGGCGCAACUGAUGGACCCAAACACCACUAAACGCCAGGAAGCGGUCAUCUCUUUGGGCGUUCUGGGGAUCCGCAGCCCACAAGUGUUCCACUUGCUUCUGGACAUGCUAGACACAGAAAAGCACCAGGUUGUGAAGAACAGUCUACAAGAAACAUUAAUCCUGCGUACCUCAGUUGAUUCCUGGAUCCAAAACAAGCUGAAAAACAAGAUUUUCAUUGUACAUGAGGCACCUAAGACCGAUGUGAAGGCUGAACCUACAAGAUUCCAGAAGGAGCCUGAGAAUCCAGAAGAAUUAAAUAUCCAAGAUUUUCGACUUGUAAAGCUGAACCCAUUGUGUUUUACAAAGCCCAGCACCAAAGUAGACCAAAAGAAAAAGGUGCCUGCCUUCCCAUUCUGUUGCUCUAAACCACAAAAACACAGGCCACAGGCUCCAGGGCCCUGGCAGCCAAGGAUCAGGAAAUAACUCUGAAUCCUUGCUGAAACCGCCAAAUAAGUCAGCUCUUUGAGCCUACCCCCCACUCCCUCCUUGAGAACAUUUCUCAGGCUCCCCUGAGAGAACAAUCUAUACUUAUCUUCCAUGAAUAAACGAGGAUCACUCCACCCACCAC